AUGGCCCAUGGGAAGAGGUCUAGGCAGCAGCAAGCCGAAACAACCUCCGUCAGCCUGAUGGACCUGGACGGCGGCGACAUGGCGCGCAUCCUCAUGCUCUUCUCCGGCCACCACAACAGCCACGGUCACCAGGGCGCUGCCGCGCCCGCGUCGCCGGAGAGGGUGUUCGAGUGCAAGACCUGCAGUCGGCGGUUCCCGUCCUUCCAGGCGCUCGGCGGACACAUGCGCCGCCACCGCGCCGUCGCGGCCGCAGGGGCCGGCGUCGAGCGCGGCCUCAGCCUCGACCUCGACCUCGGGCCGAGAGGCGACGGCAAGAAGAAGACAACGGCGGUGGCGGCCGGACUGAUGAUCGACCUGAACGUGCCGGCUCUGGCACUGGAGGAGGAGGAGCCGGCCGAUCAUGCCAAGCUGGGGCUCGCCGUGGAAAUGCAGUUUCCCGUGGUGGUUGACUUCCGACGUUGA